AUGGAUGGAGACAGGCAAUUCGACGGCGAGUGGGGGGGAGGGUCUGCCGAAAACAGCGCCGCCUGGGAAAAGCUCGUGUCAAAGCAGUUGGGCAGAUGCAGCGACCAGGGGCAGCCAUGGCAGCACAAAAGCAAAGGCACGGUGGCUGAGCCGCCCACGGGGAAAACGAGAAUCCCGUCGAACUCAGCGUCAGCCAACAGUCAAUUUCCUGCCGAUGCGUCCUUGGCACACCCCGCUAUGCCCUUUUGGGUGCUUAUCACCCUUAUCGUGCCCUCCAGGAUGAGGUCAUCUGCAGAAGCGAGAGAUCAACGGCCCCGUUUGGUUGGCUGGAAAAAGGCCUCUUGGGAUGGCGCGAGCAGCGUAUGA